AUGUCGUAUAACGAUAACAAUCAUAAUUACUACGACCCCAACGCGGCGGAAGGGGCCGAUGGGUACUACCAGCUGCAGCCCUACGAUGGGCACGGCCAGCAGGAGUACUACGACCCCAACAUGCAAUACCAGCAAGGGUACGAUAUGGACGCCGGCUACCAGGACAUGAGCCAACAGGGCUACCCGCAACAAGGCCAGUACAACGGCGAGGCGUUCUCCGACUUUAGCUACGGCGGUCAAAACCAGUCGGGCUACGAUCAAUACGGGAACGGCACCCAGUACACGCCGUCGCAAAUGCUGUACGGCGGCGACCCGAGAUCGCUGGGAGCGCUGACGCCGAUCUACGGCGGCCAGGGCCAGUACGACCCCACCCAGUUCCAGAUGUCGCUGAACUUGCCCUACCCGGCGUGGCUGGCUGACCCCCAGGCGCCGAUCAAGGUCGAACACAUCGAAGAUAUUUUCAUCGACUUGACCAACAAGUUUGGUUUCCAACGUGACUCGAUGAGAAACAUGUUUGACUACUUCAUGACCCUUUUGGACUCGCGGGCGCUGAGAAUGUCCCCUGCCCAAGCGUUGUUGCUGUUGCACGCUGACUACAUUGGUGGUGAAAACGCCAACUACCGUAAGUGGUACUUUGCCUCGCAACAGGACUUGGACGACUCGGUGGGUUACGCCAACAUGACCCUCGGCAAGCUCGGUCGUAAGGCGCGGAAGGCGAAGCGGAAGUCGAAGAAGGCGCGUCAAGCCGCUGAAGAAAUUGGUCAGGACGUCGACGCCUUGGACAACGAGCUUGAAGGCGACUACUCGUUGGAAGCUGCCGAAAUCAAGUGGAAGGCGAAGAUGAACACUUUGACCCCCGAGGAAAGAGUCAGAGACAUUGCCCUUUACCUUUUGAUGUGGGGUGAGGCCAACCAGAUGCGUUUCACUCCCGAAUUGUUGUGUUACUUGUACAAGACGGCUGUCGACUAUCUUCAGCUGCCGGCGUGCCAGCAACGUCAAGAACCCAUGCCUGAAGGUGACUACUUGAACCGUGUCAUCACCCCCUUGUACCGGUUCUUGCGGGCUCAAGUCUACGAGAUCUACGAUGGCCGUUUCGUCAAGCGGGAAAAGGACCACAACAAAGUUAUUGGGUACGAUGACGUCAACCAGUUGUUCUGGUAUCCUGAAGGUAUCUCGCGGAUCAUCUUUGAAGACGGCACUCGUCUCGUCGACAUCCCUCAGCCCGAGCGUUACUUGCGUUUAGGUGAAGUCGAAUGGAACAACGUCUUCUUCAAGACUUACAAGGAAAUCCGUACCUGGUUGCACUUUGUCACCAACUUCAACCGUAUCUGGAUUAUUCACGGUACCAUCUACUGGAUGUACACUGCCUACAACUCGCCUGCUGUCUACACGAAGAACUACAUUCAAACCGUCAACAACCAGCCUUUGGCCUCCUCGCGGUGGGCCUCGGCCGCCAUUGGUGGGGUCUUGGCCUCGGUUAUCCAAAUUGCUGCAACUCUCUUUGAAUGGAUGUUUGUUCCUCGUAAGUGGGCCGGUGCUCAACAUCUUACGCGGAGAAUGAUGUUUUUGAUUGGUAUUUUGAUUUUGAACUUGGUCCCCGUCGUCUACACUUUCUACUGGGCCGGUCUCACUUACUACUCGAAGCUGGCGCACGCGGUGUCGAUUGUCGGGUUCUUCAUUGCUGUUGCCACCUUGGUCUUCUACGCCGUUAUGCCUUUAGGUGGGUUGUUUACCUCGUACAUGAACAAGCGCUCGCGUAAAUACAUGGCCUCGCAAGCUUUCACAGCUAACUUCAUCAAGUUGCGUGGUAUUGAUAUGUGGUUGCUGUACUUGUUGUGGGUGUUGGUCUUCUUGGCAAAGCUCGUCGAAUCGUACUUCUUCCUUACCCUUUCGUUGCGUGACCCUAUCCGUAACUUGCUGAAGAUGACCAUGCGUUGUGUUGGUGAAGCCUGGUGGGGUUACACCCUUUGUCGCCAACAAGCCAAGGUCGUGCUCGGUUUGAUGUACGCUGUCGACUUGUUGUUGUUCUUCUUGGAUACUUACAUGUGGUACAUUAUCUGUAACUGUAUCUUCUCGAUUGGGCGCUCGUUCUACCUUGGUAUCUCCAUCUUGACCCCUUGGAGAAACAUUUUCACUCGUUUGCCCAAGCGUAUCUACUCGAAGAUUCUUGCUACCACUGAAAUGGAAAUCAAGUACAAGCCUAAGGUGUUGAUCUCGCAAAUCUGGAACGCUAUCGUCAUUUCGAUGUACCGUGAACAUCUUCUUGCCAUUGACCACGUGCAAAAGUUGUUGUACCACCAAGUGCCCUCGGAAAUUGAAGGUAAGCGUACUUUGAGAGCUCCCACUUUCUUCGUGUCCCAAGAUGACAACAACUUUGAAACCGAGUUCUUCCCCAGAAACUCUGAAGCCGAGCGUCGUAUUUCCUUCUUCGCCCAAUCGCUUGCUACCCCCAUCUUGGAACCUUUGCCCGUCGACAACAUGCCCACUUUCACCGUGUUCACCCCUCACUACUCGGAAAAGAUCUUGUUGUCGUUGCGUGAAAUCAUUCGUGAAGAUGACCAGUACUCGCGGGUUACCCUUUUGGAAUACUUGAAGCAAUUGCACCCCGUUGAAUGGGACUGCUUCGUGAAGGACACCAAGAUUUUGGCUGAAGAAACCGCUGCUUACGAAAACGGUGGCGAAGACCCUGAGAAGAUGAACGAAGACGACGGCCUCAAGCUGAAGAUCGACGACUUGCCUUUCUACUGUAUUGGUUUCAAGCUGGCUGCCCCCGAAUACACUUUGCGUACUCGUAUCUGGGCCUCGUUGCGUUCGCAAACUUUGUACCGUACCGUGUCGGGUUUCAUGAACUACGCUCGUGCCAUUAAGUUGUUGUACCGUGUGGAAAACCCUGAACUCGUGCAAUACUUUGGUGGUGACCCUGAAGGCUUGGAAUUGGCUCUCGAAAAGAUGGCUCGCCGGAAGUUCCGCUUCCUUGUGUCGAUGCAACGGAUGCUGAAGUUCAAGGACGACGAAAUGGAAAACGCUGAAUUCUUGUUGCGUGCUUACCCUGACUUGCAAAUUGCCUACCUUGACGAAGAACCUGCUGCCAACGAAGACGAAGAGCCCCGCGUGUUCUCGUCGUUGAUCGAUGGUCACUGUGAAAUGUUGGAAAACGGUCGCCGUAGACCUAAGUUCAGAGUGCAAUUGUCGGGUAACCCCAUUCUCGGUGACGGUAAGUCUGAUAACCAGAACCACGCCAUCAUUUUCCACAGAGGUGAAUACAUCCAGUUGAUCGAUGCUAACCAGGACAACUACCUUGAAGAAUGUUUGAAGAUCCGGUCGGUGCUUGCUGAAUUCGAAGAACUCAAUGUCGAACACGUUAACCCUUACGCCCCUGAUUUGAAGGAAAACAAGAAGCUGAGCGAAAAGCGCUACCCCGUGGCGUUCUUGGGUGCUCGUGAAUACAUUUUCUCGGAAAACUCCGGUGUACUUGGUGACGUUGCUGCUGGUAAGGAACAAACCUUUGGUACUUUGUUUGCGCGGACUCUUGCCCAAAUCGGUGGUAAGUUGCACUAUGGUCACCCCGAUUUCCUCAACGCCACGUUCAUGUUGACUCGUGGUGGUGUGUCUAAGGCUCAAAAAGGUUUGCACUUGAACGAAGAUAUCUACGCUGGUAUGAACGCCAUGAUGCGUGGUGGUAAGAUCAAGCACUGUGAAUACUACCAAUGUGGUAAGGGUAGAGAUAUGGGUUUCGGCUCGGUGUUGAAUUUCACUACUAAGAUUGGUGCCGGUAUGGGUGAACAAAUGUUGUCGCGUGAAUACUACUACUUGUCGACUCAAUUGCCCUUGGACCGUUUCCUCUCGUUCUACUACGGUCACCCUGGUUUCCACAUCAAUAACUUGUUCAUUCAAAUGUCGUUGCAAACUUUCAUUCUUGUGCUCGCUAACUUGAACUCGUUGGCCCACGAACUGAUCAUCUGCUCUUACGAUAAGGACAAGCCCAUCUACGAUGUGCUCUACCCCAUUGGUUGCUACAACUUGAUGCCGGCUAUUGACUGGGUUCGUCGUUACACGCUUUCUAUCUUCAUUGUGUUCUUCAUUUCGUUCAUCCCCUUGACGGUGCAAGAAUUGAUUGAACGUGGUGUGUGGAAGGCCUUCCAACGGUUCGUCCGCCACUUGGUGUCGUUGUCGCCCAUGUUCGAAGUGUUCGUUGCUCAAAUCUACUCGUCGUCGAUUGCCACCGACAUGACCGUUGGUGGUGCCCGUUAUAUCUCUACUGGUCGUGGUUUCGCUACUCUGCGUAUUCCCUUCUCGAUCUUGUACUCGCGGUUCGCCGACUCGUCGAUUUACAUGGGUGCUCGUCUUAUGCUUAUUUUGUUCUUCGGUUCCGUCGCUCGCUGGCAAGCUCCUCUUCUUUGGUUCUGGGCCUCGUUGUCUGCGUUGAUCAUGUCGCCUUUUAUCUUCAACCCUCACCAGUUCGCUUGGGAAGACUUCUUUAUUGACUACCGUGACUUCAUCAGAUGGUUGCUGCGUGGUAACUCCAAGUGGCACCGCAACUCGUGGAUCGGUUACGUGCGGUUGUCGCGUUCGAGAGUUACCGGUUUCAAGCGAAAGUUGGUGGGUGAUGUCUCCGAAAAGAGUGCCGGUGAUGCUACUCGUGCCCACAGACUGAACGUCAUCUUCGCCUCGAUUUUCCCCACUGCUGUCUACACUGCUGGUUUGUUCAUUGCCUACACUUUCAUCAACGCCCAAACCGGUGUUGUCACUUAUGAAUACAACGGUGUUGUCAAGCAGGCUGCUCCUGUGAACUCGGUGUUGCGUUUGAUUAUCUGUGCUCUUGGUCCUGUCGUUGUCAACGCUGGUGUCGUUGGUGGUUGCUUCGGUCUCGCUUGUUGCGCUGGUCCCUUGUUGGGCUUGUGCUGCAAGAAGACUGGUUCGGUGAUGGCUGGUAUCGCUCACGGUAUCGCUGUUGUCAUUCACGUGGCGUUCUUCAUCAUCAUGUGGGUGAUGGAAGGUUUCAACUUUGCUCGGAUGUUGCUUGGUUUCGCCACCUGUAUCUACUGUCAACGUUUCAUCUUCAAGAUCUUGACCGUGUUGUGCUUGACCCGUGAAUUCAAGAAUGACAAGGCCAACACCGCUUUCUGGACCGGUAAAUGGUACAACACUGGUAUGGGUUACAUGGCGUUCACUCAACCUUCGCGUGAAUUCGUCGCUAAGAUCAUUGAAAUGUCGGAAUUCGCUGGUGACUUCGUGUUGGCCCACUUGAUUUUGUUCGUGCAAUUGCCCAUCUUGUGCAUUCCUCUCAUUGACAGAUGGCACUCGACUAUGUUGUUCUGGCUCAAGCCUUCGCAAUUGAUCCGUCCUCCCAUCUACUCGUUGAAGCAAGCGAGAUUGAGAAAGCGCAUGGUGAGAAAGUACUGCUCGUUGUACUUCUUGAUCUUGAUCAUUUUCGUUGUGAUCAUCGUUGCUCCUGCCGCCGCCUCUGGUUCUGUCGGUGACUUGGGUACCAACUUUAACUUUGACGACUCGUCGGGCAUUGGUUUGAACGGGUUGUUCCAACCUAGAAACACCAGUAACAAUGACACUGGUCCCAACAUGCCUUCCGACUCCACUUGGUUGUCGCUGGCUUGGUCGUUCCCGUCGGAAAUGCACACGGGUCCUACCACUUCGUUCUCGAGCAAGUCAUUUUAG